UGCUACCCGGCGCGGAGUAGUCAGUCAGCCGAGCAGUCAGAGUCAGCCGUCCGCGAAUACCGAGAGGACGCUCUCUCUUCGUUCAUAAGUAUCAUCGUCAACGAUCAUCCACGCGACGAUUUUUUAAAUGUGUCAUUAUUGUCCUCAAAACUUCUGUUGCUGCUGCUGCUCCUGUCGCCAUUGUCGUUACUAUCAUUAUUAAUGUCGUCAUGAAAAUUUUGCUAAUAGUUCGUCGUUGCCAUUGUACCAUCAGUACAUCUGUGAUAGACUGUGAAGCGUACGAAUAGCAUAAUCAGUGAAUAUAAAUAAAGUUUUUAGAAGUGUGUGAGAGAAAAAGAAAAGAAAACCGUAAGCAAAUAAACUUUGUAGGACAAAAAGAAAAAAACAAAAAUAAGGAAAAAAGUACAUAACUUUUGUGUGUGUUAUAUAAUUGUCAACAUUUAUUUAAAAUUAACGUGAUAUUGAAAACAACUUCAAGAGACGCUGUUCAAUAAAGUUGUGCUAUUGCUGCCACAAGGACACAACACCGGUGCCGACCACGAGCAGUGGAGUUUUACCCUCUCUCACAUCCGAGUCGCACGCGCGUGCAACACUCUCUGGUGGGUUUUGCACGUUCAGCUUGAGUCGUGAAGCGUGUUCUCGCUUGUUUUGUCGUUGUUAUGACGAGGUGAUGAAUAGACGAAAGCGUUGCAGUGUCGAGCAGCGUAGUGAUUGUGCUCGUCGUCCUGAUGGACGAUGACAAUAAAUGUAGACAGUUUUCGUGGACGCAGAGAAGUGUGCUUAAUGUUGUGAUCUAGUGUUUUCUUUAUAAUAUUCAAUUUACCUCGAAAAGGAUUGGAUUAUACCAUAUAUAAAUAAGGUGUAUCAACUAAGGAUAAUGCAUCUCGGUAUCAUCUUUUAGAGAAGUUAGAAGAUUCGCGAUACCAUCGAGAUUUUUCCCAUCUGGGUAUCGAACAAGUUGAAAAUGAUCGUGCAAAGCACGUUGGUUCCCGGGACACGAUGGCAAACGGUGUUUGUAGCAGAACGGCAUUAUAAGCGCAGAGAGCAGCAGUGUGUGAAUAGCGAGCACGUGCAUUUCCCACAGAAAACCAAUAGGGGCCUUGGCCAGCUGGGAAUAUGAACGUAUCUCGGUUUUUAUUGAAACGCCUGUAAUACGCGACACGCGUUUGUCGUUUUCAUCAAAACUAGUUUCAAAAAAACCAUCAACAACGGCGGCGAUCGGCGUUGGGGUGCAACCCGUGUUAUCAUCCGGCUAUCAUAGCACGGUGCCACCCCAGAACGGGGGUGGUGGUUCGACAUUUAGUGCCGCGGCGAUGGUGGCAGCUGCCACCGCUACGGCCACCGCCACAGCCAGCGUGGUGGCCAUGCAGGAUCGCCAAGACAUCCCUUCUCAAUUUAAUCAAAUGCAAAGCCAACAUGGAAUACCCCAUCAAACAUAUAACGCAGGGUAUGCCCAAAGAGGACCAAUGGCCGGAAUGGGGCCAGUCGGAAUGAACAACUUCAAUAGUAUGGGCACGAUGAGUCCAAUGCAUUCUAUGAAUUCCAUGAAUUCGAUGAACAGUAUGAAUAGUAUGAACUCGAUGAAUCCUAUGUCGAUGGGAGGUAUGAACGGUAUGAAUAGUAUGAACGGAAUGACUCCCAUGAGCUCUAUGAGUAACAUGGGUAAUAUGGGCAUGAACAAUAUGAUGGGACCUAACAAUAUGCAAAUGAAUAAGAUGAGCAUGCAAGCUCAACCUCAUCAAGGCUAUCCAAGGAGAUUAGCACCUUAUCCAAAUCCUGCUAUGCAUAUGGCACAAAAGAGACAACAAAAUCCAUAUUCAAAUCCAAAUCCAGCUGCGAUGCAACCGGCCUUCAAUGGCAUGUCAUCAUCGCAAUAUCCGGCCAAUUAUCCUGCUGCAGCAAGGCCGAACUUUCAACCUCAGUAUCAGCCUAUGCAAAAUAUGAAUCCAUCGGCUGCUGGUUUUGGGCCUAACUCUAUGAUACGGAGUAGUAAUAUGAGGCAAACUACGCCUUCAUAUACUCCCAAUCAGACAGCGAGUAACCAAUAUUAUAAUAGCAAUGGUAUACCAGUUAGUAUGGGACCUACAACGGUUGGAAAUCAAUUUGUUGGUCAUCAACCAAACUCAGGAUAUGCCGGUAAUACAUCUUCGUAUGGUACAGCUGGUGUUGCAACCAGUCAAUAUCAACAAGAUGUUGCAUCAAUGAGAACGACAGGCGCAGGGAGUCUAAAUUAUCAACAUAGUCCUAUUCCUGGUAAUCCAACUCCACCAUUGACGCCAGCCACCAGUAUGCCUCCCUAUAUCAGUCCAAAUCCAGAUAUCAAGCCUAAUUUCAAUGAAAUAAAAUCACCAAUUAAUAUUCAGAAAGAUGAUGAAUUACGAUUAACAUUCCCCGUAAGGGAUGGCAUUAUUCUUCCACCCUUCCGCUUAGAACAUAAUCUGGCUGUAAGCAAUCAUGUUUUUCAAUUAAAACCCACGGUACAUCAAACAUUGAUGUGGCGAUCUGAUCUGGAACUGCAACUCAAGUGUUUCCAUCAUGAAGAUAGACAAAUGAAUACAAAUUGGCCAGCAAGUGUACAAGUCUCUGUGAAUGCUACGCCAUUAGUUAUCGAUCGUGGUGAGAAUAAAACAUCUCAUAAGCCUUUAUACCUAAAGGACGUUUGUCAACCUGGAAGAAAUACGAUACAAAUUACUGUAUCGGCAUGUUGUUGUUCUCAUUUAUUUGUACUUCAAUUAGUUCAUCGACCAAGUGUAAGAAGUGUACUUCAUGGAUUAUUACGUAAAAGAUUACUUACAGCAGAGCAUUGUAUUACUAAAAUUAAACGAAAUUUUAAUAAUACUAUUUCAAAUAAUGGUAUACAAUCGGAGAAAGAUGUCGUAGAACAAACAGCACUAAAGGUAUCCUUAAAAUGUCCUAUUACUUUUAAACGUAUUACACUGCCAGCUAGGGGACAUGACUGUAAACAUAUUCAGUGCUUUGAUUUGGAAUCAUACUUACAAUUAAAUUGUGAACGAGGAUCUUGGCGAUGUCCUGUAUGCACAAAACCUGCACAAUUGGAAGGUUUAGAGGUUGAUCAAUAUAUGUGGGGUAUUUUGAACACUUUGAACACUGCAGAAGUAGAAGAAGUUACGAUAGAUUCAAUGGCAAAUUGGAAACCAGCAAAAAAUUUAACUAGUAUUAAAUCAGAAGAAGAAAGUGAUUGCAAAAGAAUGACAAAGGCAAUGUCACCUGGAAGUAUGAAUAUGCCUACUAUGAAUAAUUGGGAUAUGAAUCAAGCAAUGAGUCCAUACAUACCACCUGAUAUGAGUAGCAUUGUAAGUGGUUCUAUGAUGAAUAAUACUUCAACUACGUAUGGAAAUAAUAUCAAUCAUCGGAAUUCAUCGGGAGGAUCUUUUGAUAUUAAUUCUGGGACGAACACGAAUACUAAUAAUGAUUAUACUAAUGGAGCACAAGGACCUCUUUCACACUUAAACGAAUCAGUGAAUUCUUUAGAUCCUCUUAAUGCUAUGGAAAAAUCACUUAAUGAUCAGAUGCCGCAUACACCUCAUACACCUCAUACGCCUCAUACACCACAUACACCAGGUGGUGGAAACAGUGGUCCACCAAGUGUUCCUCCAGCAUCCCAGGAAUCUACUGGAAAUCUUAAUACAUCUGGUAAUACAAACAUAAACAAUGAUACUGCGGAUAUACCAUCGGAUUUAAAUUUUGAUCCAGCUGCAGUAAUAGAUGGUGAGGGUACAGGUCAAGAAGCUCUAAAUCUCUUGCCAGAUAAUGUUGUGGAUCCAAUGGAAUUACUUUCAUAUCUAGAUCCACCAGAUCUGAAUACUCCACCCAGUAGUGGCGCUAGCAGUGGUAAUCCUUCAUCGAGUGAUGAUAUAUUAGCACUUUUCGAAUAAAAGUUAAUGGGCAUCUCAUAAGAGAAAUAAUCAAAUUAUGACCCUGAU